AGUCACUACCCAAGUUGGUAUUACUUGCGAAGAAAAGAGUAGUGCUUCAUUUCUCACUAAUGCACCUGCAUCUCUGAUAACUUUUACCCACGAAAUACUUUAGGAUUCAACAUACGCUGGGAGGAAGUUGGUGAAUCAGAGGCCAAAAGGGUGAGCCAUAGAAGGAUUUGUUGUACAAAGCAGAUGUCCUUCUGAAUACUUGGCCAAACCAUGGCAGAUAUGCACCCUUGUGGCUAAGGACAUUAGCACCAGAGUUUUAACCCAGAAUCCAGAGUAUCAAAGAUGUCAUUAAACUCACUAGAGACUGCUGCUGUUAAUUUUGAGUGGGGAAAACGGAGCUGCAGGGGACUAGAAAAUUCAGAAAAUUGCUUGAUAGGAUAAUUUGGCCCUUUAAAACUUUCAACCCACAGCAUUUCCUGAUUGUUUAGCUUGCUGGGACAUACAUGUUAUUAUUAUUUAUUUAUUUAUUUGUUAAGCCUUUGUAAGAGUUGAAUAAAGCAUGUCUCUUCCGAGCGUGUGCGGAUAGCUGGCAGACAGCGCGGUGGUGUUUGUAGCAGAUGAGAGAGCCCAUCGGUGACUUAAAGACUUCUGUUGGAGCCAGCCUUAACAGUGCCUCUGGCCGUGCUCUUGUUCCCUUAAUUGAUUUACACAGCAUUGACAUGAGCUGGGUGCUGAUAGUGUGUCCAUUAGCAUAUCCAUAUGAAAAGCACGCAGUGGUUGGACAUUUACAACAUCCUGUUGUUCGGCCAGGAUUGGGCAUCUGUGAGCACAGCCUUCCUCCACCUCUUGAAAAGAGCAGCGGAAAUCUGGGGCGCGGGGAGGCUGUGGAGCAGCUGGACGGCCGUGUUAAAACCAGCAGAUUUUAUCCACGGAUCCCAAAGGAGGCUGAGUGUUAUCACCUGCCCUUUCUGGGUGAAGCUGCAGAGACACAAAAGGAUGAAAAAGUUCUGUGUAGUCGUGCAGCUGUUCACAGGCAGAGCCAGAAGCAGAGCCAGGAACGGAUCCUCAGUGGCUGUAAAGUUGUUCGUAGCUGCACAGCAGUCUGUGGCCCCAGAUUUCUUAGAGCACUGGACUUUUGCAAACCUGCGUUUUCUUCCCUAAUCAGCAGUGUUCAUUAUUAUUUUAAAAAUAUCUGUCCCCAAAAAUGUAGAGAUUCCAAGCAAGUGCUGCCUCUGGAAAUUGCAUGAACAAGUGCUUGCACUUUUGGAGUUUAAACAUCAUUAACCUCUGGGGUCUUCAGCUAUUUACUGUCCAUCAGCACAAGUAUGUGGCAUACAAAUAUUUUCCAAUAAGAAUAAUAGAAGAUAUUACUGUGAUACCUACUGAGCAACAGCACUUGUUGUUCUACCACCUCAUAUAAAUACCAAUGAAUCCUGGAAUGGAUAAGCAGUCCUUUGCCUCACUCUGUGCUUUAGAACUUAAGUCAUGUCUCAAUUUACCACUGCUGUAUUGUUUAUUUAUUUUUUCCCUGUCUUUCGUGUUUGGUGAGCUCAGUCUGGAGUCUUAAGAAUCCAGCCCAAUUCUUUGCAUAUCCUCACCGAUAUCACCAUUACUUAGUCCUAAAGGUCUUCAUUAAAAUUGCACUGUCUUUGCAGGUGAUGAGCUGGAAGGAGUAGCUCUUAGCUCUGCUGCUGCUUCCAAGUGCAGCAAAAGGUGCAAGAGUCAGCUGAGAGAUUCAGCGGGUAUCUAAGGAAGAUCAGCUGUGUUUUCCUUGCCUUGGGGCAGCUUAUACCUGCACGUGUUUGUGUCAUUAACAGUGGAUCACUUCCAGAUUAAAAUCACGCUAAAUUUGCUGGAAUGCAGUUUGUUCUUUGAACUAUUGCCAUGAAAUAGUAUGGCACUCUCUGAAGUAGUGUGCAAAGCAUGUGAAAGUGAGUUCUUUCUUGAUUAAAAUGAAAUAAAAUAGACUAAAUGAAA